UUUAAUAAAAUAUUGCAGAAUAAGUCGUAAGAGAAACGUAUAUGAGAAGUUAAAGAUGCGAAAAUAUCUAACAACAAUUUUAACCAUUUAUUUGGUUUUAUUUCUACCACAUAUAGCACACAGUCAGGAAGAUUCACUGGCUGGUAGUUUUCUAUCAGGUCUAUUAGAUACAAUAACAAGCACUGCAGAUUCGAAAGAUUGUCCUGGAGUUUGUGUUCAUACGCUAGCAACUCUCAUUUGUUAUGAAGUGCUGGAUGAUGUACCAUGUCCAUCACCGAGCAUGAAAUGUUGCAUAGAAAGUGCUUCAGGUAAAAAUGCAACUUUACCACAAGUAACUACAACCACAAGUUCCACAACUACCACAAAACGACCUACAACUACUACAGCUAAAACAACAACAACUACAACAACAACGACUACAACUCCAAAGCCCAAAACGACUACCAAAAGAAUCACAACAACGGUUUCUACUACAAAAAAAGCUGUUAUUACCAAGAAACCAUCAAGUUCCACUUCAAGCACUACUACAAAGACUGCUGAAGAAAAAGUAGUUGAUAAAAAUAAUGAGAACUGUAGUGGCGUCUGUGUGGCGGACCGCAUUGCUGAGUAUUGUGAAGCCUAUCUUACCUCAAAUGGACUCUGCAAAACUGGUACUAAAUGCUGCGUAUCGUUGGAUGAAUAUCAGAAUGGCAAACUACCUAAAGAUAUUUAUAUACCAGCAAAGCAUAUGUCCAAUCUAAAUAAUCAGCAUUAUAAAAAUAAAACGUUAAACACAACAAAACAGACGGCAAAUGUUAAGCAAACAUCAACAACAAGUACUACGACUUCUACUACUACAACAACUACAACAAGUACUACUCCUGAACCCGCCCGAACUAAGACUAACACCAAUGCGAGUCACAACAAACCAAUAAAGCAUAAAAAAUUACAAUCCACAACUACUGAAGCACCUUCUGAAGAAAAUGAAGCUGAAGACGAUGACAGCGAAAAUAAUGAAAAUGAUAAAACUGAAAAUACGAAUGGUCAAGUACUGAAGGAAUGUGAGGGUGAAUGCAUGAACGGAAUUUUCGCAAUAUUUUGUGAUGAUAUCGACUCAGAUGCUUUUUGUCCCGGUGAAGGUACUUGUUGUGUAACAGGAACCCAAUCUGAAGUAACCUCACCAGCUACAAAAAUAGUCUCACAAAAACCAGCUACAAAAAUUUCUACAAAACCAGUGCCGAAACCCGCACCUACGCCACCGCCCGCACCACCUUCACAAUCUGCCGGGAAUGACUUAUUUUCACAGAUUCUCUCAUUUGCCGAGAAUACACUCACUGGGGGAGCAAACUCACCACCACCGACACAACCCCCACAAACACAAACUCCACCACAAAUACCGCGUUGUCCAGGCUUUUGUUUAUUGAAUAUAAUGGCGGCAUUUUGUGAAAGUCCUUCAGUGCUUAUUUCUACACAAACCACUUGUUCGAAAGGUUCAAUCUGCUGUGAUAGUUCGAGAGCUGGACCUUCAAAACAAAGGCCAUCGCCAUCUACACCAGCUCAAAAUCGGCGUCCUCCUCCUCCACCAACAUCUAUUGCACCAACAGCACCACCUUAUGUUGUACCAAACACACCAUUACCCGAUCCGCGUGAAGAGUGUCCAGGUUCUUGUAUCGUUAGUUUACUUAGUUUCACCUGUUUUAAAAACGCUGAAAUGACCGAUCUCUUUAAAUGCAAACGUUCUGGACAGACUUGUUGUGCACCCAAAAGCAAAAUAAUUGAAAAACAACAAUUCCAAACACGUAACGACACAUCUUAUAUGAAUUAUCCACCACCACCGAUGCCACCUCAACAAUAUCCGCCACAAGGUCAAUAUCCACCACCAUAUAUGCAACCUACACCGCCACCACCACACCAUAUUUAUCAACAACCACCCCCAAUUCAACAACCGAACUAUGAUUAUCCACACUAUGGUCCUUCUGGUAUUGUCGUACAACCACAAGCGCCCGUACCACAACCAAUACCGACAACUACUACAACCACAACAACGACUACUACCACACCACGUCCACACGUGUAUUCUAAAUAUGUUUGUGGCGUUAAAGGUACUUUACGUAGUGGUAGACAAAUCCGUACUUCACCUGCUUUAUCUUUCAUAACAUAUACACGUGCAAAAUAUGGCCUACAACGGUCACCACGGCAAAUGUCUGAUUUUAUUUACGAUAGUGGUAUUAAUAAAUCUACGGAACGUUUAAUACUCGGUUCAGAUAUUGUGCCAAUACAAAUUCAUAACGAUAAAAUUGGUGAUCUAACACAGAGUAACUUUGCAGAAUCCAAUCAGGUACGUGCUUAUCAAGAUGUAUCAGAAUCAUAUAUGGAUGCGGCAGCUCAGACGCUUUAUGAGCAAUCUGCAACUGUCAUUGCUCAACCUAUGUACAGCAAUUACAGUAGCAGUCGCAGGCGAGCACGUGUUGUGGGUGGAGAAGAUGGAGAUAAUGGUGAAUGGUGCUGGCAAGUAGCACUCAUAAAUUCCUUGAAUCAAUAUUUAUGUGGUGCUGCGCUUAUAGGUACUCAGUGGGUACUCACAGCAGCACAUUGUGUCACAAAUAUUGUACGAUCUGGUGAUGCCAUUUAUGUGCGUGUGGGCGAUUAUGAUUUAACAAGAAAAUAUGGCAGUCCUGGUGCACAAACAUUACGAGUGGCUACCACAUAUAUACACCAUAAUCAUAACAGCCAAACACUUGAUAAUGAUAUAGCAUUACUUAAAUUACAUGGUCAAGCAGAAUUACGGGAUGGCGUAUGUUUGGUAUGUCUACCUGCUCGAGGAGUCAAUCACGCUGCCGGUAAACGUUGUACAGUAACAGGUUAUGGCUACAUGGGAGAAGCUGGUCCUAUACCUCUGCGGGUACGUGAAGCUGAAAUACCUAUUGUUAGCGAUACUGAAUGUAUACGUAAAGUAAAUGCAGUGACAGAGAAAAUCUUUAUAUUGCCUGCUUCAAGCUUCUGCGCUGGUGGUGAAGAAGGAAACGAUGCUUGUCAAGGUGAUGGAGGCGGACCACUUGUUUGUCAGGAUGAUGGUUUUUAUGAAUUGGCCGGUUUAGUUUCGUGGGGCUUUGGUUGUGGCCGAAUCGAUGUGCCUGGUGUAUAUGUGAAAGUUUCUUCGUUUAUUGGUUGGAUCAACCAGAUUAUUAGUGUUAAUAAUUUAUAGUUUUAUUGAGAAUAUUAAU